AUCACGAGAAGCAUAAAAAAGCGAAAGAAGUUUCAGAACCAAGAUGUUGCUCUUCAAAGUCUCUCUACUUCUCUUGUUGGUGGCUUCGACCGUACGUUGCGCUUCAGCCGCUGUGAGUUCUUCUUGGCAAGUGGCCAACUUUACCGGCUCUGUGGAACGCGUCUCAACCCAAGAUGGAUAUGACGAGACUGAUUUCUACUACCCUGUUGUGGACCCUGAGGAACCCGUCAACUUCCCCUUCAUUGUCUUCUUGUCGGGAGGACUGGUUGACAAGAGCCUUUACAGUAACUUUGCUUUCGCAUUAGCUUCGUACGGAUACAUUGUGGUGAUUCCCAAUCAUCAGCAAACGAUAGUGCCGAACAUGCCUCCUGAUCUUUGGGCUUCUCAACUUACUCCGUCCGAUGUCUUGCUGGAUCUCACCGUCCGGUCCCAAACUUCCUCUUCUCCUCUCUUUGAGAUCGUGGAUACCACCCGAGGGGGGCUCAGUGGGCAUUCCAAUGGAGGAGGCGCCGUUCUGUUUGCAAGCUCAUCCCAGUGCCAAAUUCCCUUUUGCUUUGGACCUGUCUUUGAGCGCCCCGACGCGUUUCGUGCCACUGUGGCCAUAUCCACCCACCUCAUCCCACAGGGUGGACCUCCUGGAGCAAACAUAGACGAACCCGUCAAUGUGGACAAUGAGAUUCCCGUGGCUCUGAUCAAUGGUGAGUUGGAUUCCAUGGGGGACGUUUGCAAGUCUUGGCCUCUGGUUGAAGAAGAAAAGGAUAUGAUCAUUGUGGAGGGGACCAAUCAUUGGGCAGUCACCAACAUUCAAGAUCCUCCCGGCAAUACUCCAGAUGAAUUUCCCCAGACGCGUUCUCAGGAAUGGAGCAAUCAGAUGUUUGCCAAGUGGACGGCGAUUGUCUUUGACGCCUAUCUUAAGCAAGACUUGCCAGCGUUCGAUCCCGAAGACGUGGAUGAGGGUGUUUCGAUCAACGAGCAUUGUCAGUCGGAUCAGGAAACAGAGGCGCUAUCCACCCCGACCACCUCCAAUAGUGAGCUAUCCACAGCCUUGAUUGUUGCAUUGUCAUUGUGUUUGUCAUUUUUGCAUCAUGUUGGUUGCGGUUGGAGCCUAUUGCUUUUACCAAAGGAGCCGUUCUUCUACAAAGGCGGACUCUGUGGAUGAAGCAAGCCCAGCGGAAAAGCCAACUCUCGAGCCAACCGAGAACAUCGCUGAAGAAACUCUCAAUGAACCGCAAUUCGUAGACAUGUAGUUUGCAGCAGGCGCCGGUAGAGCUUGCGGAGCCGGAUGAUGUAAGCACGCUGUUUUCCAUGCUCUCAGGAUGUGUUUGAGUUUGUGAAGAUCAAGAUACGGUAGAUCUCUGUUGACUAAGAAUGUAUGACUGCAUGUACCUGAAGCUGCUUGCUCCCUAUAGCCCCCGUAGAGAUUUCACUGCUCCAGACUGAG